AUAGAGCUCAAAGCAUUCUCUUUCACUAACCACCCAAAGCCACACCACGCGCCUUGGGAGAAGACAAAAAGAAAAGAAAGCAAAGGCUCCUUGCUUGCGUCCUUUCAAUUCAACACUACCAAAAAAAGAGUGUGUGUACUUCAAACACACAAUGGCGAAGACGGCAAAAGUCAAGAAGCGCCAAGUCACACAGCACUCGCGCGCCGCACGCCGCGCCGCCUCCCCAACGCUGGACCUGAGCAAAAGCGAAAAAACAGCGACAGCGCGCACAACAAGAACAACGCGGGACUCGGCGUCGCCGUCACGACCCUCGUCGAUAAACCCACAUGCGCUCGCCGCCAAGGACGCCGGCAUCCAGAAGAAGCAGAAAAAGGGCGCGAAUAUGACGCGCGCUCAGCGGCUGCGGCACCAAAAGGGCCUGGAGCGCGCCGAAGAGAACAUGGAUAAGCUGGCGAACAAGCGGUUGAAGAGCCUGGGCAAAGGGCGCAAGGUGGUGGAGAGGUCUAAGGGCUGGGAGGAUAUUAAUGGCGAGGGGUUGAAGAAGAGUAGGAAGGCGGGUGUGCUGGAGGAGGUGGAGGUGGGCAGGAAGGAGAGGGAGUGGGGAGGCGACGAGGAGAUGGAUGAUGAUGAUGGGGAGGGCAAGAAGGCAGAUGUUGCGGUGCAGCCGGUGCCAGCGCCAGCGCCAGCCGAGGAAGUGGAUGAGAUGCUAUGAGGACGAGGACG